AUGAAAUUCAUUGUACUCUUCUUCCUCCUAACAUCAUCAUCAUCGUCAUCAUCAUCAUCAUCAUAUUCAUACGCUCAAUCCCCUGCAGCACCAGCAGUGGCUCAUGUCCCUUCCACCAGAGCAACGCUUCCCAUGUUACUCGUGAUCUUCCUCUUCGCCCUCCUCUUCACCGCAUUUUGCUCCAUCUUCAUUUGCUACUGCUCCCAUGAAGAACAACCCCAGGUGCUUCCAGAAGCCACGCGUGCCAUACCGCGCGGAGUCGACCCGCGUGUGCUCGCCACGUGUCCCAUCACGUCCUACUCCACAGUUAAAAUGAGGAUGUCGCAAAACCCUGUGUUUCAGUGUGCAGUGAGUUUGGCGGAGUUCGACGACGCCAACGCGCUUCGCUUGCUACCUAAGUGCAGUCACGUGUUCCACACACACUGCAUCGACGCGUCUCUCAGUAGCGUUUUAUCGAAGAAAAUCAAACACAGAAAAAAAAAUUGUGGAAUGAAUCGAUGGCAGUAA